AUGAGUAGUGCUGAUGUUUCUGCAAGCAGAGAGGUAUUACCUACCAACGUUACGCCAUUGCAUUACGACGUAAGAUUGGAACCUGAUUUCCAAACCUUUAAAUUUGGCGGUCACUUAAAAUUGGAUCUCCAAGUCAAUGAUCCUAAAGUGGAUUCCAUUUGGUUAAACUCUUUGGAUAUCGAUUUGCACUCUGCUGCCUUGACUGACGGGACUAAGGCAACCGAAGUUAAACAUGACAAUGAUGAACAAGUCACUGAAUUUAAGUUCCCAGCGGGUACCAUAGCCAAGAAUGGUGAAAAGGUAACUUUGGAGAUCAGUUUCACCGGUGAAUUGAAUGAUUACAUGGCAGGGUUUUACAGAGCUAAAUACGAGGAUAAAUUGACUGGAGAGACCAAAUACAUGGCAACUACACAAAUGGAAGCUACUGACGCUCGUAGAGCUUUCCCCUGUUACGAUGAACCAAAUAGAAAGGCAACUUUUGACAUUACUUUAGUCUCUGAACCACAUCUAACCCAUUUGUCAAAUAUGGAUGUGAAGAAAGAAAGUGUGGAAGAUGGUAAAAAAGUUACUAGCUUUAACACUACCCCUAAGAUGUCUACUUAUUUAGUGGCAUUUAUUGUGGCAGAACUGAAAUAUGUGGAGAACAACGAUUUCCGUAUUCCCGUUAGAUGUUAUGCUACUCCAGGUUACGAACAUCACGGUCAAUUUGCCGCUGAUUUGACCGCUAAAACAUUGGCAUUUUUUGAAAAGACUUUUAAUAUUAAGUACCCAUUGCCCAAGAUGGAUAAUGUUGCAGUGCAUGAGUUUGCUGCAGGUGCGAUGGAGAAUUGGGGACUUGUUACAUAUAGAGUUGUUGACGUUCUUUUGGAUAAGGAAAAUUCCACAUUGGACCGUAUUCAAAGAGUGGCCGAAGUUAUACAACACGAAUUAGCUCACCAAUGGUUUGGUAAUUUAGUUACCAUGGAUUGGUGGGAAGGUCUUUGGUUAAAUGAAGGUUUUGCCACAUGGAUGUCCUGGUACUCUUGUAACGAGUUUGAACCAGAAUGGAAAGUAUGGGAAGAAUACGUGGCUGACACUUUACAAAAUGCAUUGGCGUUAGACUCGCUUCGUUCUUCGCAUCCAAUUGAAGUUCCUGUGAAACGUGCUGACGAAAUUAACCAAAUUUUCGACGCUAUUUCCUAUUCUAAAGGUUCUUCUGUUUUAAGAAUGGUUUCCAAAUGGUUAGGUGAAGAUGUUUUCAUCCAAGGUGUUUCAAAAUACUUACAAAAAUUCAAAUUCUCAAAUGCUCGUACUGGUGAUCUAUGGGAUUCGUUAUCUGAGGCUUCAGGUAAAGAUGUCCGUAAAGUCAUGGAUAUUUGGACUGGUAAAGUGGGCUACCCUGUAAUUAGUGUUAAAGAAGAUGGUAAAAAAAUCACCUUUACCCAAAACCGUUACUUGUCCACUGGUGAUUUGAAACCUGAAGAAGAUGAAACUUUGUAUCCAGUUUUCCUUACCCUAGCUACAAACCAAGGUGUGGAUAGCUCUUUAGUGUUGGACCAGAGAUCUAAGUCCAUUGAGUUGCAAGAUCCAAGCUUUUUCAAAACUAAUUCCGCUCAAUCAGGUAUUUACAUCACUUCUUACUCAGAUGAAAGAUGGGCCAAAUUUGGCCAACAGGCUAACCUUUUGUCUGUGGAAGAUCGUGUUGGUUUAGUUGCUGAUUCAAAGGCGCUUUCAGCUUCCGGUUAUACAUCUACUAAAAACUUCUUGAACCUAGUCUCUCAAUGGGACAAGGAGCAAUCCUUUGUCGUUUGGGAGCAGAUUUUAGCUAGUUUGUCCUCUUUGAAGGCUGCUUGGACUUUUGAGCCACAAGAGACUAAAGAAGCUCUAAACAAUUUCACCAGAAAAUUGGUAUCCUCCAAGGCUCACAAUUUAGGUUGGGAAUUCUCUUCCAGUGAUUCCUUUGCUACCCAACGUUUGAAGGUUGCCAUGUUUGGUGCAGCUGCUGGUGCAAGGGACACUGAAGUGGAAAAAUCCGCCCUGGAUAUGUUUACCAAGUAUGCCGCUGGUGAUAAACAUGCUAUCCCUGCACUAAUCAAACCAAUUGUGUUCAGUGCUGCUGCUAGAGCAGGUGGUGUGGAUAACUACGAAAAGAUUUUACACAUCUACAAGAAUCCAACUUCUACUGAUGAAAAAUUAGCAGCUUUGAGAACUUUGGGUAGAUUUGAAGAUGCUAAAUUGUUGGAGAGAACCCUUGGAUACUUGACUGAUGGCACUGUAUUGAACCAAGAUAUCUAUAUCCCCAUGCAAGGUAUGAGAACUCACAAACAAGGUAUUGAAACUUUGUGGUCAUGGUUACAAACCAACUGGGAGGAUAUUUCUAAAAGAUUACCACCUGGAAUGUCGAUGUUGGGUUCUGUGGUUAUUAUCAGCACUUCUGCGUUUACUUCCUUGGAAGUCAUCGAUCAAAUCAAGAAGUUCUUCAGCGACAAGUCCACAAAAGGUUUCGAUCAAUCAUUAGCCCAAUCCUUAGAUACUAUUGUCUCUAAGGCCAAGUGGGUUAACAGGGACCGUGAAGUUGUUAAAGACUAUUUGAAAGAACACGGUUACUUUUAA